AUGCGCAUUGGCGCUCCGUUUUGCGUCCUCACUGCCGCACUCACGCCUACACCAUUGCUCGCAGCUUCGCUCCUCCCAUUGUCGACAUCACCAUCGGCUGCCCUGGAGGCGUACAUCAAGGCGCCUAACACCGGCGCACGUGACAUCUUUGGUGGCUCGGUCGCGCUGGAUGGCGACAUGCUCAUAGUGGGAGCACAAUACGAAGACAGCUGCUCUACAACGCCCGUCUCGACCACCGCCGCCAUAGACAAUGGAUGCACCAACGCCGGAGCGGCCUACGUGUACGAGCGAGUGGGAGGCACGUGGCUUUUCGCUGCGUACCUCAAAGCGCCCAACGCUGGUCAAUAUGACUAUUUCGGCGACUCGGUCGCGCUGGAUGGCGACACCCUCAUAGUGGGAGCAGGAGGCGAAGGCAGCUGCUCUACCACGCCCGUCUCGACCACCGCUUCCUCAAACAAUAGAUGCGGCAACCGCGGAGCGGCCUACGUGUACGAGCGGGUCGGGAUCACGUGGCUUUUCACUGCGUACCUCAAGGCGCCCAACGCCGGUCCCGGUGGCGAUUUCGGCAACUCGGUCGCGCUCGAUGGCGACACCCUCAUAGUGGGAGCACACUACGAAAACAGCUGCUCUACAACGCCCGUCUCGACCACCGCCUCCUCGGAUAAUGGAUGCCACCACAGCGGAGCGGCAUAUGUGUAUGUGCGGGUCGCUGGAGCCUGGCAAUUUCACGCGUACCUCAAGGCGCCCAACACCGGUCAAGAUGACGAGUUCGGCGGCUCGGUCGCGCUGGAUGGUGACACCCUCAUAGUGGGAGCACGGUUCGAAGACAGCUGCUCUACAACGCCCGUCUCGACCACAGCCGCCGCAGACAAUGGAUGCGGCAACGCCGGAGCGGCCUACGUGUACGAGCGAGUGGGGAUCACGUGGCGCUUUGCUGCGUACCUCAAGGCGCCCAACGCUGGUCAAUAUGACUGGUUCGGCGUCACGGUCGCGCUGGAUGGUGACACCCUCAUAGUAGGAGCAGAACUAGAAGACAGCUGCUCUACAACGCCCGUCUCGACCACCGCCUCCUGGGACACUGGAUGCAGCCACGCCGGAGCGGCCUACGUGUACGAGCGAGUGGGAGGCACGUGGCGUUUCGCUGCGUACCUCAAGGCACCCAACGCUGGUCAAUAUGACCAUUUCGGCGCCUCGGUCGCGCUUGAUGGCGACACCCUCAUAGUGGGAGCUGAUGAGGAAAGCAGCUGCUCUACCACGCCCGUCUCGACCACCGCCUCCUCGGACAACAGAUGCAGCGCCGCCGGAGCGGCCUACGUGUACGUGCGGGCCGAUGGAGCCUGGCAAUUUCAGGCAUAUCUCAAGGCGCCCAACGCCGGUCAAGAUGACAAUUUCGGCGCCUCCGUCGCGGUCGACGGCGACACCUUCAUAGUAGAAGCAUCUGACGAAGGAAGUUGCGCCAUUGAUUCUUCGCAACACGUCGCAGUUGACUCAUGCCCAUCCGCCGGUGCCGUAUACACCUAUCGAUUGGAGACGCUGGCGACGGCCGACGCGCCGGCUGCGACGUACACCUCUAUGCUCUAA